CCUCUGCCCAGGCAUUAAUUUUACUUACUCUCCUCAGGGUCAGUGGUGUGGGCGAUGCGGUGAAUCCCCGAUUCCCCGGAUGACGGGAUCAAUAAGCUCUGGCCAAACAGAAGAGACGGUUGACUGGGCCAUCCUCCAGAUAUCGAUCCAUCCACCACCGCCCUCGACUUCAAACAACUCAAAGCAUCUCUCCUUGACGCGAGAAGAAGCCAUUAGACGGUCUGAAGGGUUAUUCAGCCACACGGCAAUACUAUCCACUUUCCUUGGGCACACGUUCGAUUGAUUAGAUGUCCCGGCACAAUCUCAUCAGUAAUCGUCCUUCUCGCUGCUAAUCUUUGGCCCAGCUGCGAGCCCGGGUCUGGGAAUAUCUAAUACUAUUAAAGAUGGAAGAAGCGGCCCCAAUAUUACCAAGAUACCUCGACGAGGUUGUUGAUUUUGCUGAUGGAAAUUCCUAUGAGCUGUUGAAACCUCUGGCAACUUAUCGGUCCUGUCACGACGGCACUCCCGCCGAAGCACGAAUAGUCCUGACUUGCCGGCGCCACAACGAAACCUCUUCGUCAGAGGACGAGUAUGUUAUGAAGAUCAAGAUCCAAAUACCGGGAGGAGAGCGGCGACCUAGCAACAACCCAGAACUCGGCCCUAGUACUACUACAGCACAUGAGCUCAAGGCUCUGGAAAGAUUACAAGAUACUCACAGCGCAUUCACUCCAGUUCUGGUAAAUUUCAAAAAGGCAGUCCAGCCUGCCGAGGGGCCAUUGCCGGGGGGAUAUCUCACGUUCCUCGUCAUGACAAAGAUGCCUGGCGACUCACUCUUUAACAUGUACUACUGGGGAAUGACGGCCGAAGAGAGAAACGAGAUCUCUCAAAAGUUCCUUGUCGCGCUCAAGUGGAUCUACGCCCAAGGCAUAGAGCCGGUGGACUGCGGGCUGCGGAACAUUCUGUGGGAGCGAGACACGAAGAAAUGCAGCAUUAUCGACUUCGAACUCUGGCGCGAAACGGAUGCGUCGGUGAGUGACGAGACAAAGGAACUGCAGAGAUGGGGGCUUGCUCGCCAGCCAGCCGCCAAGAACCAUUGGGAAGCCUGGAACCAGAUGUUUCGGUAGAUGGCUUUCAUACAAGGUUUGCUUGCGAUAGAGGUUGAGGCGAAGACAUGCCAGUGCUAUACAACCUGACCAGCAGCAUCGCAAUAGAAUAGUAAAUGAACAUAAGCGCAUCAUCUACCUAUAUGGAUGAGUGACGUCAUGG